GAAGGGAGGUCCUGCUUCCUCCUGACGGACUUCAACUAUUCCAAGACACUUUUAACAACUUUCCGUUAAUGUUUCAUUAAAAACCUUCUGCUGUGAAGCGACCGGCGGGGGACGCAGGGCGGCAUGCUGGAGGCCUCCGGGUCCGUCUGCAUGUGACUGGAGGAUGGAGGGAGAGAAGGAGACGGCCGAGGAGGAGGAGGAGGAGGAGGAGGAGGAGGAGGAAGAGCUUCAUCAUCACCAUCACAUUGCAGCGGCUGUGGCAUCCUCUGUGGACUGCCAAGGCCUUCCCAUCAUGCACUGGGAGGACCUGAGCCAGCGGAUAGCUGAGCUGGAGAAACAGGAGCAGGAGAGGAGGGAAAGGUCAAAGAGGGUGGCGGGGGUGAGGACGGAGGAGAGUCAGGGGGGAGUGUGGAGAGACGUCUGGGAGGAAGAGGAGAGGGACUGUGGGAGGUGUCGAGUCACCGUUGUCUCUUCACGACUUCACAACCACAGAAACCUUCAGCUGUGCUUCAUCAACAACAGUGACAGUGAAGACGAGGAGGAAGGAAGCAACCAGAAGGUUUCCAUGGGAACAGGGCGUAAUGGUUGCCAUGCCGCCGGGCUGAAACAGGAAGUGGCCAGCGCUCUGAGGACGCUGAGGGACAAACUGCUGGCUGAGCAGAAGGAGAAGGGGUGUUUGGCCGUCAGCAGCUGUGUUGCAGAGCGGAAACAUCUGGAGCGUUGGGAGCUGCAGGAGCGUUCAGUGCAACAGCUCAGCAGCUUGGGAGCAUCACUUCAACAGGACGUACACGCUCUGAGCUCCGAGCUGGUGGCCCACCUGGUGGUUCGAGACCAGCUGAGGACCAAGCAGGACGCCAUGCUGCUGGAUGUCCAGGACCUGACCUAACGACCAGGACCACGGACCAGAACCCCUCCAUCAUCAACGUGGACAUUUGGCCGCUCUGGGACCAGGUGGGGCUGCUCGUCCACGUCAGCCCCCCGGAGCCAUUUAACCCCAAACUAAACGUUAGCUGAGAUGCUAAUUUAGCAAAACUGACAAACCAUCAUCGUUCGGGGCGACAAAGAGGGAGAUUCGACUGGAGGGGUUCUGGUUAAAGGAAGUUGAGUUACCUGAAAACUCCAAAAGGUCGAGCAGCUUUGCUCUGACUUAAAGAGACUCCAGAGGAAAUAUGUGUGAGGAGAAAAAGAAACCUAGAAAGUCAGAGUUUUAAAUCAACAAAGGAACAAAGAUUUCUGUUAGAUUGUUUGGAGGCAAAAUCUCCAAUCAGCUUCUGACUAAUGAAGAGAUGUUAAACUAGUAAACAUCAAAAAGAAAGACUUGGACCAUACUAUCCAUGUCUUUAUGACUAAUGGGGACAACAGUCAGCUUAAACAGUUUGUUGUUGCGGCUGACAGGCCUAAAUUGUUUAUUUAUAAGCGUCUGACAACUUCAUGGAAAUCGGCUAAAAAUCCAGCCAUGACGUUGAAAAUCUUUUAGAAAACACUAAUCUACGCUUUCUGUACUCCAACACAACAAACCUCUCUCCUUUCUCUUAACUCUCAAUCACGUUUCCACCGCUCUCUUCUGGCAACAAGUCCCAUGACACAAUAACUAACAGGAAGUGGUCCUUCCUUAAGAGGUUUUCUGGGCAUGUCCAACUGGGAGGAAACCCCAGAGGUAGACCAGAACACACUGGAUGGAUUAUAUAUCUCAUCUGGUUUUUGAAAAACUCAAAAUCCCAGAGGAAGAUCUGGAAAGCCUUUAGAAAUCCUUCUGAGACCACGACCCGGAUAAGAGUCCAAAAUUUCAACUGAACCCAAAUAAAAGUACGACUGACAUCAUCAGAGAACAUGUUGGGGUGACGUAAUUUAAAAUCACUUAAAAAAAACAAUCAAUGAACAACAAUCUAGUUUUUAGAAGAAGGUGGUUUGGUCAAAUUCUCUCAAUCAGCGUUCACGGCGACAUCAUGAACGUUUUCAAUCAAAUCUGAUUACAACCCACCCACACAGUCCUGAUGAAGCAGAUUAGCGUGUCUGCAGCGACCACUGAUGUGUUGAGUGAUUGAAUGAAUUCACAACGUGUUAAUCCCCCGUCUAGACACCAACGAGCUGUGAGGGAUCGUAAAACCGACAUCAUUCAAACUCAAAAACAAGAGUGCAAAGUUGUCAUAUAAGACACUUCAUACAAUCUGACCAAAAACAAAAUUAAAACCAAGCUGUUUGCCCGCGUACAAGCGACUGAGGUGCGCCGAUGUACUCAGCAGUUGUGUACUGUCCUGUUAGCUGUUAGCCAAACACAUCGUCCAAAACCGUAAAAAUGCGGCACAGAGUAGUGGCCGAGAAGUAAUCAGCAGUGUGUGUACUGGUAAACCCGUUAGCUGUUAGCCAAAUACACCAUCCAAAACAGUUAAAAUGAGGCACAGAGUAGUGGCCGAGAGGUACUCAGCAGAGUGUGUACUGGUAAUCCCGUUAGCUGUUAGCCAAACUCACCGUCCAAAACACUAAAAGUGAGCAAACAGCUAGCGGUUGGUGGUCAGCGCUGCACUCAGCUGCGUUAUCACUGGUGGCCCGUGGGGGCGUUAAGAGUAGUGAGGGAGGACUCAGCAGGCAGUCCAUGGCAGUAUAAAACAUGUAAAAAAAGGAGAAUGAUAAAUUAGCCGUGGACAGACUCAGAGAUGCACAUUCAUUCCCUCAUUCACUCACAGCUCACAUGAUCCUCCUGGUGAAGAUAAUAGAGAACUUUGAUGCUUAUCUAGUCAUACAAAUAUUUAACGCAAUAGAAGAAUAGAUUUAUACGUCAAACCAGGUUUUCAAGAAAAAACAAACGCUGGUGAAGAAAAAAUUAUUCUUUUAACAAAAAAAGAAAACUUAAUUCUUGUCGUAACAAGUUUAUGAUAAAAAGCGUGUUCUUGUACGUAGAGUUUGUACGUUUGAGUCUCAGAAGAGAUUGGUGUGAUUUCUCUCAGGAAGGACGACCGGCAGCAGAUUCAACAAUCAAACACAUUUUUAUAGAGUUCAUAUUCACAAUCCAUCCAGGUGUAACUUGUUUUUAUUCAAUCCAGACUAGAAAAAUACAGAUUGUGUUAUCGAGACAAAAGAAGGAUUUGGCUUCUGGGAUGUAAAUCCAGACGUUUAUAUGCAAAUGACGGAUUCUAAUUUAUCUUAUUUAAGAUUUAUUGUGGGUUUUUUACUUUUUAAAAGGGAACAUUACAGUCAAACAGCUGGUGAAGCAAAUGAAGAUCAACCUAAUUCAUAUUUUGGUUUCCGUAUUUUAUAUUUUAGAAAUUUUUGAAGCAAAUGAGAGAUAGACAUUUAUUUUUUAUUUUGAUAUAUGGUUUCAUUACUCAGACGUCUGUGCCUUUAACAAAUGCUAAAUACUUCAGGUACAGCCAGAUCACAUUAUGUUUACUCAGAAAGGAAAGGGAAUAAUCCACUUAAUAUAGCCGAGUACAUGUGUUGAUGCUUGUGAAAUAUUGCUGCCUUGAUUUUUAUUAUUUUAAUGUUUAUGUCACCACUUAAAUAUAAACUUUUUUAAGGAUGUGAAGUUUUGUUCUGACUGCAGUAAUUUACACACCGAUGAUAUCAAGAUUUAUAUCUCUUACAUCGUUGUGUGAUAAAGAGCUGAAUGUCUCAUGGAAGGAAAUUAACUUUUUUUAUUCACGUUUAUAUUUAAUGUCACACUGAAAUUAUGUUUAAAGAGUGUUUAAGUAACGAAGUGAUGGAGAAUUCAAAAGACAGUAAGAAUAGUAUUUCAUGGUCCUGACAAAGUGAACAUUGUAUUUUUAUUUCAAUGCGAGUAUUUAGAGAUGUAUUUUCAAAUGUAAAUAAAAUGAAUUACAAAUAUAUUUUGUAAAUGUAAAACAUUAAU